GGGGAAAAUGCCGGUAAUUGGAGAAGCAAUUCCGAGUGUGAAGCCAAGCGAGGCAGAAGCACGGAGACACUCGAGGGACUGAGGAUUUGAAGCUGGGACAGAGAGGGAGAGAGGGGGAGAGCGGAGAAGGAGGUGAGAUUGUUUGAAUCUGGAUUGGCACUUUUGUGGUGCACUAAGCUGGAUGACGCCCUCGUAGAUCGGGCGGGCGGUUGUCGCAUCUUCUUCCUGGAGAGGAUCCGGUGGCAGAAGGAGUUGAAGGGCAGCAGAAUGUGGAGGUUUUGACAAAGUGUGACUGUGAGUGUAUUGCUGUCGAAAGAAGCAGGGAGAUGGAGGGUCAUGGCUCCAGAGCCGUGCUGCUGGAGGCGUUGCAGGCGUUGUAUCAUCAUCCUGAUCCUGCAAUUCGCACUGCUGCCAAUCAAUGGCUGGAUCAAUUUCAGCAUACCAUGGAGGCCUGGCAGGCAUGGCAAAGUUCACUUCCCUAAUAUGCUGGACCUUCUCUGUUUAUGCAUGUGAGCUCUGUGGGAUUUGUGUACAUUGUGCUUCUCUGGAUGUCAUCCUCGAAAACGGAAACCCUAUUUUCAGAGACUGAAGUCUACUUUCUUCGACAACUAGUCUGAAAAAAUUAAUAAUUUUGAAACUUAAAAGCCGUUUACAAUGUACAUUCAUCUAAGGAUUCAAAAUGAAUCGACUUUAUGAUAAAAGACGAGAUUAGGUUGCCAGUCCAAAGAGAAUUCUUCUACAUGCUUCAAAAAUGUAAGUUUAGAAGCGCCUAUGAUUCGAAGCUGCAACAAUACCAGCCCAAAUUCUUCAUACCCUGUGGGUGCGUUACAAGGACGGAAGUAAGAGCUGACAUAUGAAGAUUCGGCUGAUGGAGCUUUCAGGGCAUGUAUAUUUUGUUGGUGUCAGAUAACGUUCUUCAUGAUCCAAGUAGCAACCUCGAAGCGCUGUACUUCUGUGCGCAAACCAUUCGCACCAAGGUCCAGCGUGAUUAUGAAGACCUUCCACCCAAUGCACCUUUGUCUUUGCGCAAUUCUUUAAUGACUCUGCUGAUAAAGUUCCGUCAAGGACCUCCUACUGUGAGAACCCAGUUGUGCUUGGGCAUGGUUGCUCUGGCUGUGCACAUGCCUCCAGAGGAAUGGGGCACAGGAGGAGUGGUACAAUGGCUGGGAAAAGAACUGGGUUCUCACGCAGAUGCCAUACCUUGUCUACUUGAGUUGGUGACAGUACUACCACAGGAGGCACAAAGUUACAAGAUUUCUGUUCGGCCAGAGAGACGUCGUCAGUUCCAGCGAGAGCUGGUUGGAUCCGUUCAGGAUGCUUUCAGUUUGUUGACAUCCUGUUUGAGGGAGGAAAGUUUGCGGGAGCAGGUGCUAAGGGCUUUCGCAGCUUGGAUGCGGCUGAGCUAUGGGAUGUCUGCUGCGACUCUUGCUACGCAUCCUCUUGUUGCAGCUUCAUUAGCGGGCUUGGAUUCAGAGCAAACAUUUGAUGCUGCAGUGGAUGCGGCCACCGAACUCAUUAGAUUCACUGUGAGCGGAAAUCCAGUUGAUUUGGCAUCUCACAUGUCCUUGGUGCAAGUCAUUGUACCGAGAAUAAUGGCCUUAAAACCUCGUUUUGCAGCUGCAGUGAAGGCAGCAGUUGCUGAAAAACGUGCACAACAAGAGAUUGGCGAGACCAACGGUUAUGAUGGAGAAGACGAGGAUGAAGAUACAAUGAAGGGUAUGGCGUAUUUAUUUGCUGAAAUGGGGGAGUCUUACGUUGACCUGAUCGCAAGUGGAUCCAACGAAGCAUUGAUGAUAGUGGAAGCUAUCGCGGAAGUGACCUCACAUCCUGAUGAUAACAUUUCUGCCAUUACUUUCAAUUUCUGGCAUAGGCUCAGCCAAACGUUGACCAGCAGCGACGAGCAAGAGGAGCUGGAAGAAGAAGCUGCCGUGGCCGCUGAGAGAGAGAAACGAAUAGCAAUUUUCAAGCCUACAUUUGAGCUACUGGUUUCUCUGGUAAGUUUUCGAGUUACAUACCCUGCAGGGUUCGAGGCCUGGAGGAAGGAUGAGCUAGCUGAUUUCAAGCAGACAAGAUAUGCUGUUGCAGACAUGUUACUGGAUGCAGCAGCUGUUCUCGGUGGCGACGCCACGUUACGUCUUUUAUCUCAACCAUUAUUACAGAUGGCUGCGAAUGUAGAUAAUGGAGGAAGUUGGGAAUGGCGAUCAGUCGAGGCGUCUCUCUAUUGCAUCCGAGCGAUUGCGAAGGCUGUGCCACUUUCAGAAAAUCUUAUCCUUCCUCAGGUCUUAGGGAUCUUAUCAAAGCUCCCACCCCAGCCCCAACUUUUAUACACAUCAUCGUUGACAGUAGCAUCCCUUGCAGAUUGGCUGGGCGUUGCACCUAGUGCACGACCAUUGUUACCUCUUCUCUUGGGGCUUCUCACCAAUGCUCUUUCUGUACCUGAAGAUCCUUGUGCCGCUGCGGCUCUAGCUCUAAAGCAUGUCUGUGAUGCUUGCAGCAAAGAGCUUGGACAGUCCGUGGAAGCACUGCUGGAACUUUACCGACAGGUGAUGAGUGGACAAGGAAAUUUUCAUCUUGCCUCUGAAGAUGAGCUGCAGCUGGUUGAAGGUCUUAGUAUCGUUGUCAGUGCCCUUCCAGCAGACAAGCUUCCGCACGCAAUGGAGGCUUUGUGCAUCCCCGUCAUGGUACCCCUAGAAGAACUGGUGGCUGCUGCCCAACAAAGUGGUUCAUCCCAGACAUUCACAGCAAAUCAAUAUAUUGCUCAUAUUGAUCGUAUUGGCAAUAUUUUUCGCUAUGUUACUCAACCAGAUAUUCUAGCUGGUGUAUUUCAGCGAAUGUGGCCACUGCUGAAGCUUGUGUUCGUCCAGAGAGCUGCUGAUGGGAAAUCCAUGGAAAGGCUCUGUCGAGCAUGCAAAUAUGCUGUUCGCAACUGUGGAAGAGCUUUGGGAGCUGUGAUGGGACUACUACUGGAGGAGCUGCAAGAACGCUUUCAGCAACAACAACAUUCAUGUUUGCUGUAUUUAGCAAGUGAAGUUAUAAAGGUGUAUGGAAGUGAUCCAGGUUGUGCCAGCUAUCUGGGUACUCUUAUUACGGUGCUUUUUGGCCAGACGAUCAGACUUCUCCAAAGCAUACAGGAUUUCACUUCAAAACCAGAUGUAGCGGAUGACUGUUUUCUUUUAGCAUCACGAUGCAUCCGCUACUGUCCCCAUCUGUUGGUCCCAUCUCCUACUAUGGCUCCCUUAUUUUCCUGCGCCAUGACUGGUAUUACGAUUCAACACAGGGAAGCAUGUCGGUCGAUCCUAACUUUUUUCCAGGACUUCUUAGAUCUUCCCACGUCCCAUUCGGGAAAGCAAUUUCGAGCAGCUGUUGAUGCAGUGGCGUUACCUGCUGGGCCAACUUUGACCAGACUUGUGAUUGGAUGCCUGGUUGGAGCCCUGCCGGAAUCUCGGAUGGACGAAGUUAUUCAGGUGUUGCUCUCCAUGACGCGCCUAUAUGGCCAACUUGUCGCUCAAUGGGCCCAAGAAGUAAUAGCUCUUAUACCAGCAUCCGUCGUUAAGGACGCAGAGAGAGUGAGUUUUCUGCAAGCCAUAUCCAUGGCCGUUAAUGGCACAGACUCUCCUACGUUGACCAGAUCUAUUGAGGAGAUGUCGGACGUUUGUCGCCGAAACAGGAAGGUCCGAGAAGCUGUACAAAAUGCUUUGCAACCCGCAACCCUUGCUGCCUGUCAAGUUUCAAGUUGACUACAUACAUAUGACAAAUCUUGACAAACAGUCAACAGCGAGCUACCGCAGGACUCCAGGAUUGUGAUGGUUCUGACAUAGUCUUCACAACAUGGCGCUUGACAAACCAAGACUCUUUGAAGGCUUUGAACAGACCAAGCUCUGAAGAGGCACGACUAUUUUGCUCCAGCGUAGCGAAGUGGACCAAGCGGGGUAAUUUCUGGACACUAUUUAGUCUGGUCCUGAAUUUCUGAUAAUUUUUAAGCUGGGCGAUAUAGGAAUUUCUUCCAAUGUUGCAAGCAUUACGGGUUCUUUAGUCGCUCAACAUCAUAAGGCUAGGUGUUGGAAUUAGAUUUUAUGGUUCCAUCUCUGACUUAACGAGUGAGGUUGAUCUCUGAUCUUGAGGAGUAUAUGGUGUUGUUUCAAAUCCUUCGGUAUUUAAACUACAUCACGGGUUAGGCUCUAAUUUUUUUAGCUGGUUGGUUGCUUAUCAACCGAGUAUUCAUUGUUUAUGCAAUGUAUAUUACCCCAAGGAAUCGAAGUGCAUGGUAAGUUUGUCAUAUCUUCGGGUCAUUCAUUUUCU